AAGCCGCAGCUGGGGGAACCCAGUUUCUGAGGAACUUUUCGAGGGCGUUGGGCUGCUACCCAGGCCUGGGAGGGACGCGAGCACGCGGCGAAAGCGGCAGCGGCACUCCCUGGAAGGACAGUGCGCGGCGGCGGGCCCGGCGGGCCGCCCGGAGGAGGCGACUGCACCAUGGACGAGCAGCCUUUCAGCGAGGCGGCUUUGGAGCAGGCUCUGGCCGAACCGUGCGAUCUGGACGCGGCGCUGCUGUCCGACAUAGAAGGUGAAGUGGGCGCAGGGAGGGGCGGGAGUCAGCCGCUUGGACGCCCCGAGGGGGUGGGUGCAGACCACAGCGCCAUGGAUUGCACGUUUGAAGACAUGCUUCAGCUCAUCAACAACCAAGAGAGUGACUUCCCUGGCCUAUUUGACCCACCCUAUGCUGGGGAUGGGGCAGGAGGCACAGACCCGGCCAGCCCUGAUGCCAGCUCUCCGGGCAGCUUGUCCCCACCUCCUACCACAUUGAGCUCCCCUCUUGAAGGCUUCCUGGGGGGACCCAAGGCAGCACCCUCACCCUUGUCCCCUCCUCAGUCCACACCCACCCCAUUGAAGAUGUACUCAUCCGUACCCACUUUCCCCGCCGAGCCAGGUAUCAAGGAAGAGUCAGUGCCACUCAGCAUCCUGCAGACCCCCACCCCACAGCCCUUGCCAGGGGCCCUCCUCUCUCAGAGUUUUCCAGGCCCAGCCCCACUGCAGUUCAGUUCCACCCCUGUGUUGAGCUACCCUAGCCCUCCUGGAGGCUUCUCUACAGGGACCCCUCCUGUGAGCACCCAGCAGCCACUGCCCAGCCUGCCACUGGCUUCCCCACCAGGAGUCCCGCCCAUCUCCUUGCACACCCAGGUCCAGAGUACAGCCCCCCAGCAGCUACUGACAGCCGCAGCUGCCCCCACCGCAGCCCCAGGAACAACCACUGUGGCUUCACAGAUCCAGCAGGUCCCGGUCCUGCUGCAGCCUCACUUCAUCAAGGCAGAUUCACUGCUCCUUGCGGCCAUGAAGACAGAUGUGGGGGCCACUGUGAAGGCGGCGGGCCUCAGCCCCCUGGUCCCUGGCACAGCCAUGCAAACAGGGCCCUUGCAGACCCUGGUGAGUGGUGGAACCAUCCUGGCAACAGUCCCACUGGUUGUGGAUGCUGACAAGCUGCCCAUUAACCGGCUGGCAGGUGGCAGCAGCAAGGCCCCAGGCUCAGCCCAGAGCCGUGGUGAGAAGCGCACAGCUCACAAUGCCAUUGAGAAGCGCUACCGGUCCUCCAUCAAUGACAAGAUUGUCGAGCUCAAGGACCUGGUGGUGGGCGCUGAGGCAAAGCUGAAUAAAUCUGCCGUCUUGCGCAAAGCCAUAGACUACAUUCGCUUUCUGCAACACAGCAACCAGAAACUUAAGCAAGAGAACCUGAGCCUGCGUGCCGCUGCCCAAAAGAGCAAAUCCCUGAAGGAUCUGGUGUCGACCUAUGGCAGUGGAGGAAACACAGAUGUGCUCAUGGAGGGUGUGAAGACUGAGGUGGAAGACACACUGACACCACCACCCUCAGAUGCAGGCUCACCUUCCCAGAGCAGCCCUUUGUCCCUUGGUAGCAGGAGCAGUGGCAGCAGUGGCAGUGGUAGUGACUCGGAGCCUGAGAGCCCAGUGUUCGAGGACAACCAGGUGCAGCCAGAGCAGAGCCGAGGCAUGCUGGACCGCUCCCGCCUGGCCUUGUGCACACUUGUUUUCCUUUGCCUAUCCUGCAACCCGUUGGCCUCCCUGCUAGGGGGCUGGAAAGUUCCUGACCCCUCGGAUGCCACCAGUGUCUACCACAGUCCUGGGCGCAACAUGCUGGGCACCGAGGGCAGAGAUGGCCCUGGCUGGGCCCAGUGGCUGCUGCCCCCACUAGUCUGGCUCCUCAAUGGGCUGCUGGUACUGGCCUCCUUGGUGCUGCUCUUUGUUUAUGGAGAACCAGUCACACGGCCCCACUCUGGCCCUGCUGUGGACUUCUGGAGGCAUCGCAAGCAGGCUGACUUGGAUCUGGCCCGGGGGGACUUUGCCCAGGCUACACAGCAGCUGUGGUUGGCCCUGAGGGCACUGGGACGGCCCCUGCCCACUUCCCACCUGGACUUGGCCUGUAGCCUGCUCUGGAACCUUAUCCGCCACCUGCUACAGCGUCUCUGGGUGGGCCGCUGGCUGGCGGGCUGGGCAGGGGGUCUGCAAAGGGACUGCACCCUGCAGGCUGAUGCACGUGCUAGCACUCGAAAUGCGGCCCUUGUGUACCAUAAGCUGCACCAGCUGCAUACCAUGGGAAAGUACACAGGCGGGCACCUCACUGCCACCAACCUGGCACUGAGUGCCCUGAAUCUGGCAGAGUGUGCAGGGGAUGCCAUGUCUGUGGUAACGCUGGCAGAGAUCUAUGUGGCAGCUGCGCUGAGAGUCAAGACCAGUCUCCCACGGUCCUUGCAUUUUCUGACACGUUUUUUCCUCAGCAGUGCACGCCAGGCCUGCCUGGCACAGAGUGGCUCAGUGCCUCUUGCCAUGCAGUGGCUCUGCCAUCCCAUGGGCCACCGUUUCUUCGUGGAUGGGGACUGGGCUGUGCGCAGUGCCCCGCGGGAGAGCCUGUACAGCUUGCCUGGAAACACAGUGGACCCCCUGGCCCAGGUGACUCAGCUAUUCCGUGAACAUCUCUUGGAGCAGGCACUGAACUGUAUGGCCCAGCCCAGCCCCAACCCUGGCUCAGCUGAUGGGGACAGAGAGUUCUCAGAUGCCCUUGGGUACCUCCAGCUACUGAAUAGCUGCUGUGAUGCUGCCAGCACUCCUGCCUGCAGCCUCUCCAUCAACUCCAGCAUGGCUGCCAACACAGGCACAGACCCAGUGGCCAAGUGGUGGGCCUCGCUGACAGCUGUGGUGAUCCACUGGCUGCGGCGGGAUGAGGAGGCGGCUGAGAGGCUGUAUCCACUGGUGGAGCACCUGCCCCGUGCCCUGCAGGAGUCUGAGAGACCCCUGCCCAGGGCGGCUCUGUACUCCUUCAAGGCUGCCCGGGCCUUGCUGGGCUGUGCUAAGGCAGAGUCUACCCCGGCCAGCCUGACCAUCUGUGAGAAGGCCAGUGGAUACCUGCGGGACAGCUUGGCCACCACCCCAGUUAGCAGCUCCAUUGACAAGGCUGUGCAGCUGUUCCUGUGUGACCUGCUCCUUGUGGUGCGUACCAGCCUGUGGAGGCAGCAGCAACCUCCCACACCCACCCAGAUGUCCCAGGGCACCAAUAGCGGGAUGCAGGCCUCUGCCCUUGAGCUGCGUGGCUUCCAGCGGGAUCUGAGUGGCUUGAGGCGUUUGGCACAGAGCUUCCGGCCUGCCAUGCGGAGGGUGUUCCUACAUGAGGCCACUGCCCGGCUGAUGGCAGGGGCCAGCCCUACGCGAACACACCAGCUUCUGGACCGCAGUCUGAGGCGGCGGACAGGCCUGGGCAGCAAAGGAGGCCCAGCAGCAGUUGCGGAGUUGGAGCCACGGCCCACUCGGCGGGAGCAUGCUGAGGCCCUGUUGCUGGCCUCCUGCUACCUGCCACCUGGCUUCCUGUCGGCACCGGGGCAGCGUGUAGGCAUGCUGGCCGAGGCAGCACGGACACUGGAGAAGCUGGGCGAUCGCCGGCUGCUGCACGACUGCCAGCAGAUGCUCAUGCGCCUGGGCGGCGGGACCACCGUCACCUCCAGCUAGACUCUUGGUGGCUUUUCCUGGCCCUUGUGUUUCUGUUUCCUGUGCCUCGGCCCCAAGCGGCCUGUGAUCUGGGUCUGAACCUUGAAGGCCAAAGGCAGCACCGUAGACCUUGGUCUCCAUGGUUCAGCCUUGGCCUCAUUGUCCCUGGAGUGUGGGAACCCUCGGGGGACCUUUGUCUUUCGCUUUGGGAGGCGUUGGGGCAUGACCCCACCACCCUAGCUCGCUCUCGUUUCCUGUGAGCGGUGGCCGGGACAGUGCUGACCUCUGGUGGCCGACCGGAGGGUUGCAGGGGCUAGCCGGCUCUGCGCCACUUCCAUUGUGGGCGGGCACCUAGGUGGCUUUUCCCUUCCUGUCUAGACCGGGAAUGGGUACGCUUCGCUAAGCGAGAGGGCCAAUGGGAACUUCCAGGCCUGCAAAAGGAGUCCUGCCCCAAGGCGCUUCAACCCCUUCUGGGGAGACUUGUACAUAAUGUAGAUCAGGGUGCACUAGCCUCCCGGCUUCUGAGGCUCACAUACUACUUUGCCUUUUGCAAACUUUAUUUUCAUAGGUUGAGUUUUGUACAGAGAAUAAAAUGAAAUUAUUUAUAA